CUCUAUCUCACUCCCUCUCUCACCCUACCCCCUCCCUCGGGUGGAUCCAAUGACCUAGCCCGAGGUCGUAGUCUGUGUGUUCUCCGCCCUCUGUGUGGGCUCAGCCCCCGGCAGACGGACAGACAGACAGACAGACGGACAGACAGAGCCGGGCAGCCGGGCAGCGAGCACCAGCGGGUGGGGAGAGAGAGAGACAUGGGUCUCCGCGGCUUCCAGCAACUCGGUGGUGGGGAGAGGGUGACGGGAACGCUGGCCCUGGCGUUAUUCACGGCGGUGCUGGGAUCCCUACAGUUCGGAUACAACCUGGGUGUGAUAAAUGCCCCACAGAAGAUUAUCGAACAGAGCUACAAUGAGACGUGGAUGGAUCGGCAGACGGGCUCCGGCCCACCGCAGCCAAUCGACCCGGCCCUGUUGACCACUUUGUGGAGUUUGUCCGUGGCUAUCUUCAGCGUGGGUGGGAUGUUCUCAUCAUUCCUGGUGGGCACUUUGGCCGAGUGGCUGGGCAGGAAGAGAGCAAUGUUGGUCAACAACAGCCUGGCGCUGCUGGGUGGAACGCUGAUGGGACUGUCCAAAUACAGCCGCUCUUACGAGAUGCUCAUUCUCGGCAGGUUUAUAAUCGGUGCUUAUUCUGGGAUAGCCUCGGGCCUGGUGCCAAUGUACAUCGGAGAGAUUUCUCCCACCAGUUUACGGGGAAUGUUGGGAACGUUGCAUCAGCUCGGGAUCGUAACUGGGAUCCUCAUCGCUCAGAUCUUCGGGCUGGACGCCAUCUUGGGGACGGACGAACUGUGGCCGUUCCUGCUGGCCAUCACCGUCGUGCCAGCUGUCCUCCAGACGGCCCUCCUGCCCUUGUGCCCCGAGAGUCCUCGCUACCUCUACAUCAUGCGUAACGAAGAAAGCAAGGCCAAGACGUGUCUACGCGCCCUCACGGGGCGGCAGGACGUGGGGCCGGCUCUCCUGGACAUGAAGGAGGAGAAGCGAAGGAUGGACAUGGAACGCAAGGUGACCCUGGCCCAGCUGUUCCGCAGCCCCGCCUACCGACAGCCCCUCUUCAUCGCCAUCAUGCUGCAACUAUCCCAACAACUGUCCGGUAUCAACGCCGUGUUCUAUUAUUCCACCAGCAUCUUCAUCAGUAUGGGUGUCAAACAGCCCGUCUACAUCACCAUUGGAGUCGGGGUCAUUAACACUGUGUUCACCAUCCUGUCUGUAAGUAGCUACCUGCUCCUGCACCUGCACUACCCUUACCUGCCCAGGAGAGGGUGGUAG